AUGGUCUUUGUCGUCGCGCUCGCUGCGCUACUCGCGCCUCUCGUGGCAGCCUAUCACCCGUCGCACGGCAGCGGCGCGCUCGGCCAUCCCAUCAGCUUUGACUCGCCCAAGGGCGACAACAGCAGCAGCUCGAGCUCGCGCCCGGACCCCGUCGCCGUCGCUGCGAACGGAUCCGACCCGCUCGCGUCCAUGUACCGUACGUCGACGGACCAGUCGUGGCUCGCGCCGCCGCGCAACCUGCACGCGUCGAUCAAGGACAUGCCGAUCCCGACGAACCGCUGGUGGGGCAACCUCAUUAGCGCCGGAAAGGACAACGCCGAGCUGCGCGCGUGGGCCAACCCGUACGCAGUUGCCAUGCACCGCGAUGCGAUCGGCGUCUCGUACCCGCCGUCGAGCCGCGUCUUUGGCGGCUCCUCGGGCAACGGCAAGGCGCCGCGCUACUACCUCCACGGUAUCGGCAACGACCUCUUCGUCUCGGCCACCGAGCUCAAAGCGUCGGGCGCGACGCCGUUCCAGAUCCGCAAGUGGGACGACCUCGGCGUGACCGUCACAGCGUCCUAUGGUGGCAAGAGCGUCGAGUCGAGCUUCGUGAGCGGCAUGGCGUACGUCAGCGCCAAGUACCAUGGCCUCACGCCCCGCCUCACGACGACGCACGGUAUCACGCGCGUGAACGGCCAGGCCGUCACGGCCGGCGCGUCGUUUGCAUCCGCCUCCAAGCUCGCGCUCACGAUGGGCAACGGCAUGGUGUGGGUGCUCUACGCCUCGUCGCCUCUCUCGUGGUCGCUCACGUCGUCGACCGAGCUCACGGCGACGGGCCCCGCGACAGGCACGACCGUGCGCCUGGCGCUGGCCUCCAAGGGCAGCGAUGGCAGCGACUACGACGCGUACGCCGACUGCAUCGUCCACGGUGGCAGCGUCACGACAACGACAAGCAGCUACGCGUUCAAGUGGGCGACCGAAGGCGCGUGCAGCAAGGGUCUCUUGCACUUUGGGCUGCAGCACCAUAUCGAUACGCUAUCGCCGUCGUCCGCGACGCGACUCCACGCCACGGGCCUCGCGCUCGAGUCGACGACGCGUGGCAAGCUCUUUGCGCUCGUGACCAAGGAGAGCUGGCGCUUUGACGAGAAGGACCUUGUGCCUGCGUCGUUCUUCCCGCGGCAGUCGCCGUCCAAGGCGCGCGUACCGAGCGUGCUCAAGGCCCUUCAAGCGGACAUUGCGGCGCCCUGGAACCUCGCGAUCGGUGGCUCGUACUACUUUAACGGCAAGGCGGCCCAAAAGUACGCAUCGCUCUGCCUCAUUGCGUCCGACAAGGCGGUGGUCGGCGACGACACGGCGCUCUUGCGCAGCUGCCAGAAGAAGCUCGAGACCGUCCUCGCGCCGUUCAUCGACAAUUCGUGGACGUACCCGCUCGUGUACGACAGCGUGUACAAGGGCAUUGUGAGCUCCGAGGGCUUUGUCAAGAAAGACCUCAACGCCGACUUUGGCAACACCAUGUACAACGACCACCAUUAUCACUACGGGUACUGGAUCGCGACCGCCGCGAUUGCCAACAAGGUGCACCCGAGCUGGUUGCGCCUCGGGGACCUCAAUGCCCGGGCCGCGACGCUGGUGCGUGACGUGGCCAACGCCGACAGCGGCGACAAGGCGUUCCCGACCUUCCGCAUGUUUGAUUGGUACAAGGGGCACUCGUACUCGCACGGCGUGACGGCGCUCGCGGACGGGAAGGACCAAGAGAGCUCGUCCGAAGACAUCAACUUCCAUUACGGCAUGGCGCUCUUUGGCAGCGUGACCAAGAACAGUCCGAUGGCGGGCCUCGGCCAGCUGCUUCUGACGCUCAACGCACGCGUCGUCAAGACGUACUUCCUCAUGGACUCGAGCAACGUCGUGCAGCCGAUCGAGAUGCGUCCGAACAAGGUGCUCGGCAUCUUCUUUGACAACAAGGCCGACUACGCCACGUGGUUCAGUGCUGAAAAGUACUGCAUCCACGGCAUCCAAAUGAUCCCGACGACGCCCGUGACCGAGUACGUCCGCACCAAGAAGUUUGUGCAGGAAGAGUGGGACGAAGUCCUCGCGCCGCUCCCGCUCAUUGCCAAGAAGCAAGUCGACAACGCGUGGGCGUCGCUUUUGUACCUCAACUAUGCCAGUGUCAACGCCGACGUCGCGCUCGAGAUGCUGCAGAAAGUGCCCAUGGACGACGGCCUCACGCGCGCCUGGGCCUUGUAUCUGGCGUCGGCCAUGUAAGCCGAAAUGUGUAAACACCUAGUUGUCGUAAAAUGCUAUCUAAUCAUUCCGUUGCACAACACUACUA